AUGCAGGGAGAUCUUACUUGUUGCAAGGCCGACGCCAUCGUCAACGCCGCAAAUACUCGUUUGAUGCUUGGAGGGGGCCUGGCUGGAGCUAUUGUACGUAGUGGGGGCUCGUCCAUUCAGCAAGAGAGCAGCAAAUGGGUCAAAGACCACGGACCAUUGACAGCCGGAGACGCCGUUACUACUGCGGCUGGCAAACUUCCCUGCCAGCAUGUGAUCCACACUGUAGGACCCAAUGUGGGGAGCGAGACUUUGACGUCGGAGCAUGCGACACAGCUCCGUCAUGCAGUGUGGAGUGCGUUACUGGAGGCAGACCGACUGGAAGUGAAAUCUGUGGCGGUCCCUGGGAUAUCAACAGGAAUAUUCGGAUACCCGAGAGAUUUGGGGGCUAAGGAGAUUGUAACGGAAGCAGCUAAAUUCUGCAAGGAGAAAGCGGGCUCGACAGCGUUGAAGAGGAUUGCGUUGAUGAAUAUUGAUGACCCGACGGUGAAGAGCUUCGUGAAGGCGGUGACCGAUGAGAUGGAGGAGAGUGGGAAGAGACAUAAGGAUCUUAGCGAGGCGCUAGCGGGACUCAAAAUUCGCGAGUAA